CGGGGACGCCGAGCGGCGCUUUCCUCUUCCCUGUGAGUGAGGGAGGGAAGUCAGCGGCUCCAGCCCCCGGCCACUUUCCCUGCGCGAUCCCGGGAGCUCCCUGCAGGAGGUGAAAGUCCUCGGCGGGUCUGGAUGGCGUAGUUGCGCCGAGGCGCUGCAGCUGCCGGAGUUCGCUGCGGCCGAGCGCUGGGCGGGGAAACUUCUCUCAGCUUUUCUCCAACUUGAGGCGGGUGGAUCUCCGCUUGACACGCCGCCUCCACGGCAACUUGAAAAUUGGAAAGAGGGAUUUUUAAGGCCACUUCUGAUUUGUCAAGACUGUGAUCUGAACAGCUAGAGGCUGUGUUAACUGCACAAGACACACUUUUGAAGAAAUAAAAAUGGCUUCUCGUCAUGUGAUUGUUGUGUUUGCUCUGAUGAGUUCCUGUCUUGCUACUGCAGGGCCGGAGCGUGGUGCCCAGUGUGAGCUGUUGCCGGUCAACGCCUCCCAUCCUGUCCAGGCCCUGAUGGAGAGCUUCACGGUCUUGUCUGGCUGUGCCAGCAGAGGCACCACGGGGCUGCCCCAGGAGGUGCACAUCCUGAACCUCCGUUCCAGCGACCAGGGGCUGGGGCAGCUGCAGAGAGAGGUCACUCUGCACCUGAAUCCCAUCUCCUCGGUCCACAUUCAUCACAAGCCUGUUGUGUUCGUGCUCAACUCCCCACAGCCCCUGGUUUGGCAUCUGAAGACAGAGAGGCUUGCAGUUGGAGUCUCCAGGCUUUUCUUGGUGUCGGAGGGUUCUGUGGUCCAAUUUUCAUCAGGCAACUUCUCCUUGUCAGCAAAAACAGAAGAAAGGAGCUUCCCCCAGGAGAAUGAACAUCUGUUAAAUUGGGCUCGGAAGGAGUAUGGAGCAGUCACUUCGUUCACUGAACUCAAGAUAGCAAGAAACAUUUAUAUUAAAGUGGGAGAAGAUCAAGUGUUCCCUCCCAAGUGCAACAUAGGGAAGAAUUUUCUGUCACUCAAUUACCUUGCUGAGUAUCUUCAGCCCAAGGCGGCAGAAGGGUGUGUCAUCUCCAACCAGCCCCAGGAUAAGGAAGUACACAUCAUCGAGUUAAUCACCCCCAACUCGAACCCCUACAGUGCUUUCCAGGUGGACAUCACAAUUGACAUAAGACCUUCUCGAAAAGAUCCUGAGGUGGUCAAAAAUCUUAUCCUGAUCUUGAAGUGCAAAAAGUCUGUCAACUGGGUGAUCAAAUCUUUCGAUGUUAAGGGAAACCUGAAAGUGAUUGCCCCCAACAGUAUUGGCUUUGGUAAAGAGAGUGAACGAUCCAUGGUAAUGACCAAAUCAAUAAGAGAUGAUAUCCCUUCAACCCAAGAAAACCUGAUCAAGUGGGCUUUGGACAAUGGCUACAGUCCCAUCACAUCAUACACAGUGGCUCCUGUGGCUAAUAGAUUUCAUCUUCGGCUUGAAAAUAAUGAGGAGAUGAGGGAUGAGGAAGUGCACACCAUCCCUCCUGAGCUACGGAUCCUGCUGGACCCACCCAUCCGGGGAGGGGGAGGCCGAAGUGGAGGUUUCCCCUUUCCUUUUCCUGAUAUCUCCAUGAGAGGCCAUGAGGAAGGGGGAGAAGAGGACAUCCCCAGGCCGAAGGACCCUGCCAUUCCCAGCAUACAACUGUUCCCUGGCCCCAGAGAGCCCGAGGAGGUGCAAGGGAGCAUGGAUGUUGCCUUGUCAGUCAAAUGCGACAAUGAAAAGAUGAUUGUGGCCGUAGAAAAAGAUUCUUUCCAGGCCAACAGCUACUCUGGAAUUGAGCUCACCCUAUUGGAUCCUACCUGUAAGGCCAAGAUGAAUGGCACCCACUUCAUUUUGGAGUCUCCGCUGAGUGGCUGUGGUACUUCGCACCGACUGUCAGCCCCUGAUGGGGUGGUUUACUAUAACUCUAUCGUGAUACGGGUCCCCUCCCCUGAGGACAGCAGUGGUUGGGCAGAUGGCUAUGAAGACCUCGAGUCAGGUGACAAUGGAUUCCCAGGAGAGGUGGAGGAAGGAGAAUUUCCAAACUUCUUUGGUCCAUCAGAAAUUGUGUCGUUUAACUGCAGCCUGAGGCAGGUGAGGAAUCCCAGUAGCUUCCAUGACCCACACAACAGAAACGUCACCUUCAACAUGGAGCUGUACAACACAGACCUCUUCUUGGUGCCAUCUCAGGGAGUCUUCUCUGUGGCAGAGAAUGGACACGUUUAUGUUGAGGUGUCUGUUACUAAGGCUGACCAAGAUCUGGGAUUUGCCAUCCAAACAUGCUUUAUCUCUCCCUAUUCAAACCCUGAUAGGAUGUCUGAUUACACCAUCAUUGAGAAUAUUUGUCCUAAAGAUGAAUCAGUGAAAUUCUAUAAUCCCAAGAGAGUGCUCUUUCCUAUCCCACAAGCCGAGAUAGAUAAGAAGCGAUUCAGCUUUGUUUUUAAGUCCGUCUUCAAUACCUCGCUGCUCUUCCUACAGUGUGAGCUCACAUUGUGCUCCAAGAAGGAGAAAGACCCCCAGGGCUUACCUAAGUGUGUGCCUCCUGAUGAAGCCUGCACCUCGCUGGAUGCAUCCAUGAUCUGGGCCAUGAUGCAGAAUAAGAAGACCUUCACUAAGCCCCUCGCUGUGAUCCACCAUGAGAUAGUACCUAAAGAAACAGAGCCAAGCAUGAAGGAACUGAAUCCAAUUCCACCACCGGUUUUCCACGGCCUGGACACCCUGACUGUGAUGGGCAUUGCGUUUGCAGCGUUCGUGAUUGGAGCACUGCUGACGGGGGCCUUGUGGUACAUCUAUUCUCACACUGGGGAGACGGCAGGGAGGCAGCAAGUCCCCACCUCCCCGCCAGCAUCGGAAAACAGCAGCGCUGCGCACAGCAUUGGCAGCACGCAGAGUACGCCCUGCUCCAGCAGCAGCACAGCCUAGCCCGCCCAAAAGCGGGGAGCAGGGCUGAUGCGCACUGACACGCGCCCAGGCUUCGAAGGCUCGAUUGUGGACCCCUUGUAAGGAGAGACUGAAUUUCGAUGUAAAGAUCACCAGUUGUAUUCACACACUCACCACCCCACCGCC